AUGAGCGACUACACGCUGCUGUCCGACGCGGAGAGCGAGGGCAAGUCGCCCGGAUUUCUGCAUUGCUGGGAAUCCACUGCGACGCCAAGCGAUCCAGGCUCCACGCCCAGCGACCCUGCCUCCACGCCGAGUGAGGACGAGGAGGACGGAGGCGGCAAUGGCAGCGAAUGCCAGGAGGAGGACAGAGGUGGCGCUGCCAGCGACGCCGAGGACGAGGAGGAGGGCCAGGAGGAGGAGGAGGACUCCGACAGCAAGUUCGCCCGGUUGGAUGCGCAGGAGGCGGCGGACGACAAGGCGGCAAGGAAGAAGUCCAACGAAGACGUCAUUUCUUCCAGUUUCAACUCCUCGACGGGCGCGUCGUCCUCCAGUUCCGACGAGGAGGUGACAAGCAAGAGGCGCUGGAGUUUCGACGAUGAGGUAGGGCUUUCUAACAAGAAGGCCAAAAAAUAG